UCAUGCCUGCAAUUAUCAGUUGGAUGAGACGGGGAGAACGCCAUGCCCUUCUCUGCAACGGCUUCCAGCUUCCUCUCCGCGAUCUUCGUCUUCCCCAAGUUUUUCUGCCGCCUUAACAGACCGAGCCACCUCCCAUUCAUUACAAAGCCACAAAGGCCUAGGGUAAGAACACCUCCCCCGGCAUUGACGUUGGCAACCUUCGUCUCCGUCAUUGGAGUUUCUGGAUCGACCUGGCGAGCUCCAGCGGCUUUCUUUCCAUUUCCUUGGAAGAUCUGAUCGUAUCGGCGGCCUACUAAUCUCAAAGGCUUUUUCUUUAUUGAAAGAUACGAAAAACAUGGCUACUGUAAAGCUGGGAUCCAAAGCGGAAGCUUUCCAUCUCGAUGGCCAUUCAUGGAUUUGCAACACAGAACUUCCAAGUGAUAUUACCAUUGAAAUAGGAGAAAUAUCUUUUCAUCUUCACAAGUUCCCAUUACUCAACAGGAGUGGCCUCCUUAAAAAGUUGAUCAAUGAAUAUCAAGAUGAAAAUGGAAAAGGCUGCAUUUUGCAGCUUCAUGAUCUUCCUGGCCGUUCAAGAAUAUUUGAGCUUGUGGCAAAGUUUUGUUAUGAUGUUAAAAUUGAGUUAAAUUCUUACAAUGUUGCUGCUCUACGAUGUGCUGCUGAGCACCUUUGCAUGACUGAAGAAUAUUUUGGAGGAAAUCUCAUCUCCCAAACUGAAAACUUUCUGAACGAAAUUUUUGGGAAUUGGAAAGACUCAAUGAAAGUUCUUGAAACCUGCGGGGAUCUUCUUCCCCUUGCUGAAGAACUGCAUAUUGUAACUCGAUGUAUCAAUUCACUGGCAAUGAAAGCUUGUGCUGAUCCAAAUCUCUUUGGUUGGCCAAUGUCGGCUCGAUCUUCCUUGAAGAGCUCAGAUGGAAACAUCUUAUGGAAUGGCAUAUCCACAGAAGAGAAGCCAAAGGCAAUUGAGUCAGAUUGGUGGUAUGAAGAAUCCUCCUCUCUUAGUUUCCCUCUGUACAAAAGGUUGAUAUUGUCCAUGGAAUCAAAAGGUAUGAAGGCAGAAAAUAUUGGAGGGUCUCUCAUAUUCUAUGCAAAGAAAUAUUUUCGAGGAUUGAGUAGAAAUUCCAGCUUUCAUGAUGGCACUAGCCGUCUUAUUCCUGUUCCACCUGCAUCUGCAUUGUCUGAAAGUGACCAAAGGGUUCUCUUGGAGGAGAUAGUUGGAUUGCUACCCACGGAAAAGGGAGUAAUCUCCACAACUUUUCUUCUUCGCUUGCUUCGGACUGCAAUGAUUUUGCAUGCAGGCCCUGCUUGUAGGGAGAAUUUGGAGAAAAGAAUUGGAGCCCAAUUAGAUGAAGCUUCCCUUGAGGAUCUUCUUAUACCAAACUUGGGCUAUUCGGUUGAAACCCUUUAUGAUAUAGACUGUGUUCAAAGAAUGCUUGAUCAUUUCAUGUCGAUAAACCCGACUGAUCUCACAGGAUCUCCUGCUAUAGCUGAUGAAGCUCAGUUGAUUGACACUGUUCCUUCAUUGACCCCUAUGACCAUGGUCGCAAAACUUGUGGAUGGAUACCUUGCAGAGGUUGCACCUGAUGUUAAUUUGAAGUUUCCCAAGUUUCAGGCCCUGGCAGCAUUAAUUCCCGAAUAUGCUAGGCCUUUAGAUGAUGGUAUAUAUCGUGCUAUUGAUAUAUAUCUUAAGUCUCAUCCGUGGCUUACAGAUUCUGAACGGGAGCAGCUCUGUCGUCUUAUGAACUGCCAGAAGCUAUCACUGGAGGCUUGCACUCAUGCAGCACAGAAUGAGAGGCUGCCCCUCAGAGUAGUCGUCCAAGUUCUCUUCUUUGAGCAACUCCGCCUGAGAACUUCAGUUGCAGGAUGGUUCUUUGUCUCGGAAAAUAUGGAUAACAUUGAUGUUGUUGACAAUGGAAACUUGAUCCAGCCAAAGAACAAUGAAAGAAACCCUGAUAAUGAAAUCACGCUGGAAGAGAAGGAUGAGAUGCCGCUGAUGGAAACUGAUGACAUGAGGCAGCGAAUUGCUGAGCUAGAGAAAGAGUGCAAAAACAUGAAGAAAGAGAUUGAGAAGCUUGGGAAGCCCAAGAGUACUUGGAGCGCCAUCUGUAAAAGGUUUCCCAGGCUUGGUUUCGGAUCAAGAUCUGAACAUCAAUCCAGCCAAACAUAAUAGGUACAUAAGAGAGUAGUUAAGCAUGCUAGCUGAUGGAUAACAUGGUCUUUUUCUUCCAAAGGAAAGACAACAUUUUCAUUUUUGUUGUUCUGUCAGAAAUAAUUUUGAACUCAAGUAGCUUUAAAUUAUAGGUUAGAUUAGUGCUCUUCUGUUGAAUAUUUUGUUUAAAUCAUUUGUUUCA